AUGGAGACGAAAGAUUUCGAAUUCCGACCAACGAAGGAGGGAGCACGUUCAAAAAGCCCCGGUGUCAUUGGUCGUCUCAGUAAUUUCGCCCGUUCCAAGACACGUCAUUCGCUGAACGAGAAGACCUCCAAUUCUACCACUUUCAACGAAAAACCAAAGAAGGAUCUCCAUCGUGAAUUCCAGAGAUGUCGCGACAACAACGAUCUUCGGCUUGAUCUCAGUUCCAAUGAUAUCACGUCUAUACCGUCCUCGAUCAGGGAUCUUACACAGUUGACUGAACUGUUUUUGUAUAAAAACAAGCUUACCCAAUUACCGUCGGAAUUGGGAAAUUUGGUUUCUCUGCGAAAAUUAGGCUUGAGUGAAAAUGCUCUUUGCUCAUUACCCGACUCACUUGCUUCUCUUACGCAGUUAGAAACCUUAGAUCUACGACAUAACAAGCUUACAGAGAUACCUUCCGUAAUUUAUCGGAUCACCUCUCUCGAAACACUUUGGUUGCGGUACAAUAGGAUCACGUCGAUUGGAGAGGAAAUUGGAAAUCUGUCCAAGUAUGUCUGCUGA